AUGGCUACCAAAACCCACAAGACCUGGCAGGAGGAACUUGCCGUGACAAUCCAGGGGCAGAAUCUUGCAGCCAGGUAUUGGUACGAUGGCCAGUAUUUGCACAAUGCCAAAGAAGAUGUUGCCGAGGUCGCAUGCACCAAACUCCGCAACCCUUCGAUCACUGGUCAACAAACCACAUACCGUGCCGGACCAAGCUAUGCUCAGGGUGGUUGGCCGCGUUAG